AAGCCUGGAGUUACAACCUUCCCCUGCCUGAAUAUGGUGAUCUGUCUCCAGUGUCCACAUGAAGAUGACUCUUCAGAAGAAGACACAACAGAGGAAGUCUACUCUCCACUCACCCUUGAGAAGCUGGCCAUGAAGAGGCUACUGAGGGGGGAGGCCUUGGCCAUUUCUGCUCUCAAGGACCUGCCCCAUCUUCUGUUCCCAGUGAUGUUUGAGGAGGCCUUCAUUAAUGGGCGUACAAAGGUCUUGACAGCCAUGAUACCUGUGUGGCCUUACCCAUACCUUUAUGUAGGAAUGAUGAUAGAAAACCGCAACUUGAAGACUUUGAAGGCUAUGCUUGAGGGACUAGAUAUACUGAUUACACAAAAGGUUCGCUCCAGUAGGUGCAAACUCACAGAGAUCAAUUGGAAGAAUGAAUACCACCAUGUUACUGGCAUAUGGGCUGGAUCCUGUAAACUCUUACCAGGAUUCAUGACACAGAAGCAGCCAGUGCAGAAUAGACCUGGCUGUGGGGUGAAGAAAGAAUUGAAGGUGACAACACAACUCCGACUCAUUGAGGGCAGACUUGGUGAAUCUGACAGAUACUUGUUUCAGUGGGCCCAGCAGAGAAAAGAUUCCGUUCAUCUGUGCUAUGCAAAUCUAGAGAUUGAGGGUUUAACCAAAGCUUCAGUCAUAGAAAUCUUCAAGUUUUUACAUGCAGACUGUGUACAAGAUCUGCUGCUAGGUUAUCUUUCUAAAGAAGAUUUGGACUUUCUUAAUCCCUACCUGAGACAGAUGAACAAUCUUCUCAAUCUCACACUAUGUCACAUCAGACGUACCCUAAGUAUGGGUGAUUCUGAAAUGUUACUACUUCCCCCAUUCCACUGUCUCCAGAAACUCUCUGUAAAUGAUUCCAACUACGUAUAUGGCAACCUGAAAGGAUUCCUCAGGUGCCUGAAGAAACCCUUGGAGUCACUUAUCAUCACUGACUGUAACCUCUCACAGUCAGACUUGGAUUGCCUGCCCUAUUGCUCAAAUAUUUUUUAUCUCAAAUCUUUAACCCUUGAUAGUAUUAAUUUAUGUGAUUUACUCAUUGAGCCUCUUGGGUUUUUCCUUGAGAGAGUUGGACAUACCCUGGAAAACCUGGAAUUAGAAUCAUGUGGUAUACAGGACUCUCAGUUGAAUACCCUGCUGCCUGCCCUAAGCCAAUGUUCCCAGCUCAGAGUUGUCAGUUUCAAUGAUAAUGAAUUUUCUCUGCUUUUCCUGAAAAAACUUUUACACCACACAGCACAGCUGAGCCAGCUGGAAAGGGAUAUAUACCCUGCCCCUCUAGAGUGCUAUGACAGGGAUGUAAUACUUUCACACAGAUUAGAAAAAUUGUGUCCUGAGCUCCUGGAUAUACUCACGGCCAAAAGAAUGCCCCAGGAGGUCACCUUUGAAACAACCCAAUGCUCUAAUUGUUUUGGGCACUAUAUUUAUGAUCUGGAGACCGAAAAUUGCCGUUAUGAAAUAUAG